AUGUCGAGCCCGGGCAUCAACGGCGACCCCAAGCCUCCAUGCUUGCCUCGAAAUGGCCUGGUGAAGCUGCCGGGCCAGCCCAAUGGCCUGGGUGCAGCCAGCAUCACCAAAGGCACACCGGCUGCCAAGAACCGCCCCUGCCAGCCGCCACCGCCACCCAGCCUCCCACCUCCCAGCCUGGCUGCCCCGCUGUCCCGGGCUGCCCUGGCUGGGGGCCCAUGUCCCCCAGCAGGUGGACCUGCCUCAGCUCUGGUGCCUGGGCCCCCGGCAGAGCGGCCGCCGCUGGCCACAGAUGAGAAGAUCCUCAGUGGCCUGUUCUGGUAUUUCUCAGCAUGCGAGAAGUGCGUGCUGGCACAGGUGUGCAAAGCCUGGCGGCGUGUGCUCUACCAGCCCAAGUUCUGGGCAGGCCUCACGCCAGUGCUGCAUGCCAAGGAGCUCUACAACGUGCUGCCAGGCGGCGAGAAGGAGUUCGUGAACCUGCAGGGCUUUGCUGCAAGAGGCUUCGAGGGCUUCUGCCUGGUCGGCGUCUCGGACCUAGACAUCUGUGAGUUCAUCGACAACUACGCCCUCUCCAAGAAGGGCGUCAAAGCCAUGAGCCUCAAGCGCUCCACCAUCACGGACGCGGGCCUAGAGGUUAUGCUGGAGCAGAUGCAGGGCGUGGUGCGUCUGGAGCUGUCGGGCUGCAACGACUUCACGGAGGCCGGGCUGUGGUCCAGCCUCAGCGCGCGCAUCACCUCGCUGAGCGUGAGCGACUGCAUCAACGUGGCGGAUGACGCCAUCGCGGCCAUCUCGCAGCUGCUGCCCAACCUGGCCGAGCUGAGCCUGCAGGCCUACCACGUGACGGACACGGCGCUGGCCUACUUCACGGCGCGCCAGGGCCACAGCACGCACACGCUGCGCCUGCUCUCCUGCUGGGAGAUCACCAACCACGGAGUGGUCAACGUGGUGCACAGCCUGCCCAACCUCACCGCCCUCAGCCUCUCGGGCUGCUCCAAGGUUACAGACGACGGCGUGGAGCUCGUGGCCGAGAACCUGCGCAAGCUGCGCAGCCUCGACCUCUCUUGGUGCCCGCGCAUCACGGACAUGGCGCUCGAGUACGUGGCCUGCGACCUGCACCGCCUGGAGGAGCUCGUGCUCGACAGGUGUGUGCGCAUCACGGACACUGGCCUCAGCUAUUUGUCCACCAUGUCGUCCCUACGCAGCCUCUACCUGCGAUGGUGCUGCCAGGUGCAGGACUUCGGGCUGAAGCACCUCCUGGCCAUGAAGAGUUUGCGUCUCUUGUCUCUGGCAGGCUGCCCGCUGCUGACCGCCACGGGGCUGUCGGGCCUGGUGCAGCUGCAGGAGCUGGAGGAGCUGGAGCUGACCAACUGCCCCGGGGCCACCCCCGAGCUCUUCAAGUACUUCUCGCAGCACCUGCCCCGCUGCCUCGUCAUCGAGUAGCGCGGGGCUCCCCGCCCCGGUCGCGGGAACCCGGCCACGCUCUGGGCGGGGCGCGGGCGCCGCGGAGCCCCCUCCUCGUGCCCCGCUCUGCCCCCGCGUCCCCGGCCCAGCGCGGGAGGCGGGGCGAGCCGAGGAAGCCCCGCCCCGCGCCCGCCCGCGCCCUCCGCUUCUCCCGCCCCGCCCGGGCAGGGGGCUGGGGGCCAGCCCCACGCACGCACGCACACUCGGGGACCCAGAGCAUGCCCCUCGUGCCCGCACUGCACGCCGCCCUCCGCCACGCUACAGCCGCCGCCAUCACUCGCCCGCCCGCGGGGGUGGGGCUCGGUUCUUGGGGGCGCCUCGAGCUCUCCAGACAGCUGCCCUUUCCGCCUUCCCCGCCACAGCCCGCUCUGUCUCGCCACUGUCCCCCCGUCCCGGGCAGGGCCCAGGGGGAUCAAGGGGGGCUGGGUCCCCCCGGACGCAGGGCCCGGAAGAGCCCCAAGGGCUUCCCGCAUCCUCCACUGCACCGCGCCUGGAGCCCUCUGAGGGGUGUGAGGGAAACAGGCCACGGCCAAAGCCACGGCCCGCCGAGGAGCCCAGGUCCCAGCCGCACCCCCCACCCCCUGCCAGCCCGACCCAAGCGGCUUUUGCUUCCCCGCCGCUGUGUGGGGCAGUCCCCUGUCUGGCCCCUUCCCUGCCCGUCUGACAGGUCUUUGGGUCCUGGCCAGGCUGGGACACGGUUGGGUUGGGAGGGGGGCAGGCUGGCUGAAGAUCACCUGGGAAAAGUCAACAUUAGCCCAGCUGGCUCCAGUCCACUUCAACCCGGGGGUGGUACAGGCACCUUGAGAGCCCCCAAGCUGGAGCCACCCUUAGGACUGUCAGGCCUUGGGGAAAGCCUGGGCCAACCCCACACCGCAGCCCCUGCAGCUGCCUUGGCUCAGGCCUCAGCACACACUUCACCCUGGGCAGGUCUCCUCAGGUGGAAUCUGCAGCAGUGGGCCCAGCCAAGGGCCAGGGUCAGCCUGACCAGCAACUCCAACCGUCCAGUGGCCAGCACAGCCUCGACACCCUGAGGAGGGAGGGCUCCUUUCUAGCCUGCCCCCACAUCACCCCCCUCUCCGGCUACCCAAACUUCUGCCUGCCCAAUGGGCUCUGACCGUGUUCUGUCCGGUCCCAAAACAUUGGAAGUCCUGGGGGAUGCUGGCACAUCUUGGCAAUUGCUGAGGAGGGGGCUGGGACCCCUUUCCAUCCCAACCUUGAGCCCCAGGAGAUACAGCGCCCACACCCAAUCUUGGGACACCCCCUAUCUGGUUGGAAGAGAGUAACCAGUUUCCAGAGAGCCAGAGAGUGAGAGAGGAAGAGAGCGAGAGUGAGUGAGAGAGAGAGAGAGAGAGAGAGACGCUGUUGAAGCAGAGAAACACUUCAACAGCCCAAAGAUUUCCCUGCCCCUGGAGUGGCCCGAGGAGGCUCCAGGGCUGAAAUGGUCAGGAGCCAGUUUCAGCCCCUCCUCCCCACAGCCCCCUAGUGGGGAGGGGGCAGCUGUCCAUUUGCCCAAAGUAUUAAUGCAACUGAAGCUGUGAUAUUUCCAACGAAGGAGGAAAAAUUAAGGGGAGAGAGGAAAACAAACAAAACCAACCAACUCCUAAAAUCAUUUUGUUAUUGUACAUAACGACCUCAUUCUCCUGUAUAUGCGGAAGAUAUAACCUUAUAUUUGGUAAGUGUUUCUUGUGCUAUUUUAUCACGUGACCUGUUUAUAAAAAUAUAUAUUAAAAAAGUUGUAAAAA